AAGAUACCAAGCCGGCGUUUGUGAAUAUACAUAUACACAAGUUACACCUCAUUUUAAAUAUUAGUAGUAUGAACGAUCGUGAAAGCAUCGACUUCUUAGUAUAGUCUAAUAUCAGCCAACAGUUCAGAGCUUAUCAAGAAUUAAUAAUUAAAUAUUUGAAAAAUGAUGAUUAAAGAAUCAUUACCGGUAGUAAUUAGCGUGGUACAUCCAAAUAUCGGUGGAUGGCUAGGUAGUUAUUAUGUACGAAAAAAUCUAAAUCCAUGGUAUGCGUCUUUGAAGAAACCAUCUUGGACACCACCAAAUUGGGUAUUUGGGCCAGUAUGGACAACUCUUUACAGUUCAAUAGGUUACUCUUCGUACUUAGUAUGGCGAGAUGGUGGAGGAUGUAAAGAAGUAGCCUUACCACUUUCAAUAUAUGGUGCUAAUUUAGCUUUGAAUUGGGCUUGGACGCCUAUCUUUUUUGGAGGACACAAAAUUAAAUUGGCUUUGUAUGAUAUUCUACUAGUAUGGGGAACAUCAGCAGCAAUGGCAGUAACCUUUUAUAAAGUUAAUCCAUUAGCUGGAUUAUUAAUUAUUCCCUACUUUGCAUGGUGUACCCUUGCGUCGACAUUAAAUUAUGUAAUAUAUAGGGAUAAUCCACAAAAAGCAAUAGAAGAUAAGAAGGAAUAAGAAAAACAAUAAAGAACUUAUUGAAUUAAAAAAUAACAAUGAAAAAAAAAAAAGACAAGAAUGUAGUAAUAUUGGUUUAAAGGACGCCGCAUAUAGCAUUCUAUUUUUUUACAGUUGUUAUAAUAUCACUGCUUUUUAGUAAAUAAUAUGUGCCUUGCAUUAAAACGCACAAAUAAUUGUUGUUAGUAUACACAUGUUUAUUAAUUGAUAUGAAAUAAAGAUUAGUUAAUCAACCAUA